AUGCCGUCGGUAGUUUUCCCCAAGCUCGGCGACCAACCCAACUCCCCCUUCUUCAAGAAGCUUCCCCCAGAAAUCCGAAAGAUGAUAUACACGGAACUCUUCGGAUAUCGCCACGUCCAUGUCCUCUUUCAUUCGUCCGGGCAUCUGAAGCCCGAGUUCUCUUACACCGCAGAAGGAGCACCCCCUCGGAGAAAGAUACCUGGCUGGGCACAUUGGAUCUGCCAACAGGGCAUCAAGGCUCCGCCUCAUAAGCACAGCGAGGUGCAUCACGAGUGGUACUAUUUGUCCGCUAGCAUCAUAUUUACCUGCAAGUAUGCCUUCGAAGAAGGCAUUCCUAUUCUCUACGGUUCCAAUUCUCUUUCCUACAGCCAUACCGCUACCUACUGGGCUUUUGUCGACGUCGCCGGACACUACAUCGAUAUCAUCACCAACUUAAACUUCAGUCUCGCUUUCGAGCUUGAUUGCCAUUCACUUGCCUCUUAUAGAGACUACACUAGCCCCAUGUUGCUAUUAUACUGGCUUGUGAACCUCAAAGCGAGCAGCCUUGAUUGUCAAAUCGAUAUGGACCCAGUAGAUGCUUUAUUAAUCAAGUUCGCCCAAGAGAAGGUGCUCGCGGAUAGCCCUCAAUUCCACUUUUUCCUGCCAAACCUUGCAAGGACGUCGGUUGAGCCUGAGCUGCGCGGCGGCGUAGACAACAAUAAAGUCGAGAUUCAUUGGCGAAGCGACGAGUCUUAUUCACCCACACAAUUGGCCAGGAUUCAGGAUACGAGGGAGAUGUGGGAUGAGGACUAUAUCAGCCCAGGAUAA